AGCAAACAAACCACGAAACUGUGAUUUCCACAGCCUUAUCACCAUAUCUACAUCUGUCAAUGGAUAUUUUACGGUUUAAAUAAUGCAUUGAAUACAUUUAUAUCGACGUGGUGCUGCUAUCAUUCGCCCGUGUCCCUGGAGAAAUGAUGAAAACAGCUAGCGUUGGCCUAAAAAACAACAACACAUCGCUUGAAAUCUUUUGUGGAUCUGUUUAUUCUAGAAUGUGUGUAUUUAUCCACAACAGAUGAAAUGUGAUUUAGAAUAAUUUUUAUAACCAUGUAAGCUCCAUAAGAUGCUAAAAUACGCUUCGCGCAAGAUAUCGCGUCUGGUAGUCGGCCAUGGGUGGUUUCAUGUUUGGUUCCUUCCCACAGAAAAAAAAAAGCUGUCUCGUCACGCUGUUAUCGCUUUUUGCGCCAAAAUAAAACACCUUUGGCGAAGCAAGGCUAUCAACAUGAUUGGUUCAAAUGGUAUCAGAGGGGUUGAUUACUGUGCUAUGGAAGAGGACAACAUUCAGUUUACUCUGCCACAGAAGAGAAAAAAUGUGACUGUUGCAGUAGAAGGAAAUAUUGGAAGUGGAAAAACCACGUUGCUGAAAUAUUUUAGAAAGAAUGAUGAAGUUGAGGUUAUAGAGGAACCAGUGAGUAAGUGGCAAAAUGUUGGCGGGAGUAACCUACUUGAAUUGUUCUACAAGGACUGCCAGAGAUGGAGUUUCCUUUUUGAGUCUUAUGCUCUGCUUACACUAAUGCAGAUCCACAAACGGCCUCAUACCACACCCAUAAAGAUGGUCGAGAGGAGUGUAUACAGUGGGUAUUACUGUUUUGAGCAUAACCUCUGUGCAAGUGGACUUAUGGCUUCAGUUGAGCAUGGUGUACAUAAUGACUGGUUCACCUGGAUCACAGAGAAAGAGCAGCCCCAACUAGACCUCAUCAUUUACUUACGAACUACACCCGAGAAGUGCAUGGAGCGGAUCAAACAGCGAUGUCGGUCAGAGGAGACUUCUGUUUCAAUGGACUUGCUCAAGGAACUGCAUGAUCGCCAUGAGGCUUGGUUGAUUGAGAAAAAGUUUCCCGUCCCUGCCCCUGUCGUGAUACUCAUGCGGUGUACCUCUCAGAUCGUAGAUGGGAACAGAAGCCUGGAUGAGAUGUACCGGUUCUAUGACAGCAACACAGGAUGCCUUUUGGGAAUGGAUACCUGUGUACCAUGCGAGGGCUUGGAGGUCCGCCAAUAAACACACAAUCACCAAGCACUGUCACACAACCCUGUAACUCUACUUGAAUGCGCCGUCACGCAAUCAUGACGAUGACACCGGAUGCAUGUUAGUAAAAUGGGAUACCUGUGUACCAGGUACUGAGCGCUGUCACACAACCGGGACUAACCGGUCACGCUACGUGGGACCGGUCGUAACACCACUAUCCGCGAAUAAGACCACAAUGCCUGAAACCAUCGCUAAUUUUCUCCGUCCUUGGGUGCGGUGUUUUCGACACACGCCUUCGUCUGGGUUCUUGUCGAAAUUUAACUAUUUAUUUACCCGCUUUGGGCGACAAAAUUUAAUUACAGAACUGUGCGGAAGCGCACAAGAAUAAUUUGAAAAGGUGGUUAAGUACCUAAAAUUUAUACUUCUUUUAUGUAUCUUAUCAUUUGUGAAAAUUCAAUUAAAAGAUUAUUUUUAAAGAAAUUAAAA